AUUUGAAAUGAAAAAAGAAAAGUGCAAGCAAAGAACAACAAUUAUCCAACCAUCUCUUUUGUUUAUCAUUUCCGUUACAGACUUUUAAUCUAAAUUUAUUGGCUUUAUCUUAUUCUUCUUCUCGUCUUUUCCAACACCACCUGAAAAGAAAGAUAAUGUUGCCGAAAAUUGAAGAAGAGCAUAACACGUUGUUACAAGAUGUUGAAACUAUUAGAAAAACUCUCUACAUGGAAAGAACCCUUUCUAGGAAUUCAACAUCAUCAUCAUCAUCAUCAUCAAAAUUCACAGACAAAGAUCCUAAACCAAACCCUAAUAAUAAAGAAGAUAAUUUGAAAAAGGAUAAGAAAUCUAUAUGGAAUUGGAAUCUAUUAAGAGCACUUUCCCUAACAAGGAGUAAGAAAUUCAAUUGUUGUUUUUCUCUCCAAAUCCAUUUGAUUGAAGGUUUACCUUUGAGUUUCAAUGAUUCUACCCUUUGUGUUCAUUGGAAGAGGCGCGACGAGCAUUUGGUGACUCCUCCUGCUAAAGUAAUUAAAGGUUCUGCUGAAUUUCAAGACAUUUUGAGUUACACGUGUUCAAUUACUGGAAGUAAAAGUGGACCGCACAAUUCUGCAAAAUAUGAAGGUAAACAUUUUUUGCUCUAUGCUUCUGUGGUUGGUGUUCCUGAACUUGAUUUAGGGAAGCAUCGUUUGGAUAUCACAAGGUUGCUUCCUCUUGCUUUGGAAGAUCUUGAAGAGGAGAAGAGUUCAGGGAAAUGGACUACAAGUUUUAGGUUAUCAGGAAAGGCUAAAGGUGCUGUGAUGAAUGUAAGUUUUGGGUAUGUAGUGGUUGGUGAUAACAACAUUUGUGCUCCUUAUGUAUUGACUUCAAGGCAAAAUUGUAUAGCUUUGAGUGAAACCGAUAUAAAUCCGUGUCAGUAUUCGCCUCGGUUUAUAGAUGAGGUGAAGGAUCUUCAUGAGGUAUUGAUGUCAUCAAAAUCAGUAAUGGAAAGUUCAGCAGAUGUCUUGUAUAAGAAAAUUGAUGAUGAAAACACAUGUGGUCCCCUGCACAUGAAACAUGAACUUGUAUUAAAAGAGAAUCUUGAGCCAAUCAAACUUGAUGCAUGUCGUUCGCCUGAUACUGAAAUAGGAAAGCUAGUAGAACAUCAGUGUAAUGAAAGAAAAACAUGUAGUCCAGUGUGUGGCGAAUCUGAAUUUGAUGUGUUUCAAGAAAGCUUGGAGACAUUUGAGACAGAUGGUUAUUCUUUAUCUGAGUCUGUAAAUGAGAAUUCUGAUGAUUUUUCUGUUGUUGAUCAAGGCAUUGAAUUCAAUGUCAGUGAUAGUUCUAAGGAAAGUGUCGUGGUACAUGAAAUUUCUAACAAAAGCGAUGAGUUAUGGACGAAAGAAAUUCUCCUGCAAGAAAUAGAAUCAGCAUUGAAUAGUAUCUCAGAGUUGGAGACAAUAGCAUUGGAAUCUCCCAAAAUUAUGGAAGUCACAUCUGAGUGUAAGUUCAGAAAGUCACAGAGCUUGGAUGAUUUCACUGAAUCAGUUGCCAGUGAAUUUUUGAGUAUGCUAGGCGUAGACCAUAGUCCAACGGGCUUUAGUUCUGAAAGUGAUCCCGAGUCUCCAAGAGAGUGCCUUUUAAGACAAUUUGAGAAGGAUGUUGGGUCUGAAUGUUUCUCUUUAUUUAAUGUGGAUUAUGAUGAAGAAGAAGAAGAAGAUUGUGUUUAUGAUGCUUCUGAGCAGUGUAAGUUCUCUACUGGUAUUAGAGCACCAUCCUUGUUGCAUGAUCUGCAGGAAGGGCUUGAAUUUGAAAAUGUGAGGAGCAAACCAAAGGGUCACAUACUAGAAGACUCAGAAACAGAAGCCUUAAUGCGUGAAUGGGGUUGGAGUGAGGAGUCUUUUCAGCAUUCUCCACCAAAAGGCGUUGCCGGUUUUGGAAGUCCAAUACCUCAACUACCUGAAGAGCCUCCUAGAUUACCUCCUCUGGCAGAAGGGUUUGGUCCUUUCCUCCAGACAAAAAAUGGCGGAUUUCUACGGUCUAUGAAUUCCUCACUUUUCAGGAAUGCUAAAAGUGGUGGGAACUUAAUCAUGCAGGUUUCCAACCCUGUUGUUAUGCCUGCAGAAAUGGGUUCAGGGAUAAUGGAGACUUUGCAUUAUUUGGCAUCAGUCGGAAUUGAAAAGCUUUCGAUGCAGGCAAACAAGUUUAUGCCUCUUGAAGAUAUCACAGGGAAGACAAUACAACAAAUAUCAUGGGAAUCUAUGCCAAACUUAGAAGGCAAUGGCAGGCAAUGCCAUUUGCAGCAUGAUUUGGCAACGUGGAAAGGUUCUUCUUGCAUGCAAAGGGGCUUGAAAGAAUUAUCAUCUGAUGAGUUCAGUUCAAUUUCAAUUGGCAACCAAGGAGGUUCAGGAUUCUUUUCAUUGGAAGAUCUUGCUCCUUUGGCUAUGGAUAAAAUUGAAGCACUUUCGAUGGAGGGUUUAAAAAUACAAUCUGGGAUGUCUGAGGAGGAUGCCCCAUCAAACAUCAUUGCAAAUUCCUUUAAAAAUCUUGCUGGUCUCCAGGCCAAGAGGGUUGACAUUGGAAAUUCUCUUGGCCUAGAUGGAGCUGCUGCUUUACAGUUGUUGAAUAACAGAGACAGCAGCGAUGAAGUUGAUGGGAUAAUGGAACUAUCAUUAACUCUUGAUGAGUGGAUGAGACUAGAUUCGGGUGAGAUUGAUGAUAUAGAUGAUAUCAGUGAACAUACUUUCAAACUUCUUGCAGCCCAUCAUGCCAACUCUUUCGACGUUGUCCGUGAGAGUUCAAAAGGAAGGAAGAAAAAAGGCAAAGGUCAUGGCAGGAAAUGUGGUUUGCUAGGAAACAAUUUCACAGUAGCACUAAUGGUGCAGCUUCGCGAUCCUCUGAGAAAUUACGAGCCAGUUGGAACACCAAUGCUUGCUCUUAUACAAGUGGAGAGAGUGUUUGCCCCACCAAAGCAAAAGCUUUACUUGACUGUGUCUGAGGUAGGGAACAAUACUGAUGAAGAUGAUGAGUGUGAAAUAAGAGCAAAGGUGGAGAUGAAAGACAACAAAGAGGAGAGAAGUAUUAAAGAAAAAGGCAUUGCUCAGUUCAGAAUUACAGAAGUCCAUGUUGCAGGUCUUAAGAUUGAGUCCCAAAAAAAGAAACUUUGGGGUACAUCAAGUCAGCAACAAUCUGGUUCGCGCUGGUUGAUUGCUAAUGGAAUGAGCAAGAGCAAUAAGAAUCCACUGAUGAAGUCUAAGGUUGCUUCUAAGAUUGGCGCUCAGGGCACUACCACAAAGGUGCAACCUGGGGACACAUUGUGGAGCAUAUCGUCUCGUAUUUAUGGUACUGGUGCAAAAUGGAAGGAAUUAGGAGCACUAAAUCCACACAUAAGAAAUCCCAAUAUCAUUAUACCAAAUGAAUCUAUAAGAAUACGUUGACUAGUAAAUGUAUGUAUAUAUAUUUUAAUUUUUUUUAGAAAAGGGCCUAUCUUUAUGAGAGGCAGUGUUUGAAGAAGUUACUUGAUUUUUGCCAUUAUGAUUAAGAACUCACAUGGACUCGGGACCCAGAAUUGGGGUUGUUUUGUUUUGCCAGGGUUUGCCGUGAGUAACUUUGCCACGUUGUAUUAGAUUUUGGAAAAAGAAAGUAAAUCUUAUGUGAAUAAAAUAAUGAGAUGAAUUUUAUCAAGAAA